AUGACAAUCACUGCCGGGAAAUGCUCCAAGCACAUAAAAAAGUUUUUCACAAAUGGAUUAAAAAAAAAUGUGCUCCCAUACUUCAUGCAGUGCAAAAAUAAACCCUACCUUAUGAAUUCCAAAUAUGUACAGAAAUAUUCAUUAGAAUUUGUCCCUAAAAGUAUUAUUAACAGGUAUAUACAAGACAAUCGAAGGAUUAAAAGUGAUGAGACGUGA